UAUCGACCAGACCGAGUCCGAGGAGCAGAUGGUGCUGGAUUUGCUUUAGAAGAAUAUGGGUCGUCUUUAGCGUGUGCGUAAGCAACGAGAUUUGUUACGCCGCCGGGGUAGCUUGAUGAUUUCCAAGAAGGCGAAGACUGUUGAGGACUUAGAGGAGAUUGAGCGUCUCGAGGCUGUCCGUGGGGCUGGGGACGCUGUUGACCCUGAGGACGAGGGCGAUGAUCGGCAUGCAAAGCGCUUGCGUGGCGAGUCCUCAGCUGAUACCGCUGCGGGUCCUGCGGAUGUGGGUUCCCCUGGGGCCGGUUCUGCUGCGCCUCCUGAGACGUCUGAGCCGGUGGAUUUCGCGCGGAUGCCUGCCUUCUGGGAGGUUGAUCCGUUUCCUGGCGAAUUUGACGUGUCGGCUUUGGACGAUCUGGGUUUCGGCGGUGGAAUUCUUUGAUGAGUUCUUGACAUCCUUCGCAGUUCUCGGGUGGUUCCUAGGACUUUCUGUACCGUCCAUUCCUGGUUUUCGUCGGCGUCAGGGUUUUCCGGUAUCAUUUCUUCCGUCUGUUGUACUGUGGGAGCGUUUUCUGGUGCUGGUUCUAGCAGUGAGACGUGGAAGACUGGAAAGAUUUUCAUUGUAUCCGGCAAGUUGAGACGAUAAUUGACUUUUCCAAUUUGUUUGUCAAUUUCGAAUGGUC